AUGUUGCUCGUUAUGGGCGCGCACGAGUCUGGUCUGGAUCGUGCAAGGCUCCAAAGUCUGUACGAGCAACUCGUCGCUACGAAUGAGGACGAAACUGAGAAGCUAGCGGCUUCCGGGCAUAGCACGGGGCUUGUCGCUUCUGAAUGGGCACGAUUUCUGGCACCCUUUGACUUUGGAUACCGACUUGUUGCACUACAACGUGAGUCGAAACGCGUUGCUGCUGCGCUUACGCGAGCACUCUAUGGAAUCGAUACCUCCGGUGCAUCGGAACACGAUCCGCUCUGGGCAGUUGAGCACAGGGUACUGCCGGUUCCCGUAACAGAUCGCUUGCUCUUCUGUGAGAUGCGCUUUCUCCUGGUUUUGGCGUUGUCUAGGCGCCUAUGGAUGCGGCUGGAGCGCGUUGACCCACUUGGACAAGAGAACCCAUUUCCAAGAGACGCUGAGAUCAUCGAGCGUGUGGAGGAUCUUGCGCGUCAGUCGCGUGAGCGUCUAGCGCUAUUGGCGGAGCGUUCACCCGAAGCCUUGAACGCGGGAAAGCAGGAGGCGCAUGACUGUAUUGAAGACUUGCGUACCAAAGAGACGCGCGCUGCGGAACAGGUAGCAGGCUUUGCGCAAGCGCUUGGAGAUGCGGCGCUACUGGAGAAGGUCUGGCACGCUCUAGUGGACGAGAUCGCGCAGAAUCGUCAGCUCAAUCACGCCCUUCUACAGACACUUUGCCAAUGGGUGUUGAUGCUCAUCGGUGCUGAUACCGAGGUACCGUCUAGUGCCUCGUGUAGCGAUGAAUGA